AUGGAUCUUCCAGUUGUGGUUGAUUCGAACGACGAUGAAAUAGUCUCCCACGAACUAGAGCAAAUGAGGAGUAUAUUGGAAGAGGCGAUUUUGGAAACGCGCAGCACCCCUCUCGAAAAUCGACCACGACUUCCCCGCAUACCCUUAAGCAAGCGAAAUCGGGCUGUCGUGAGGGCUCUUAACCCAAUGCUGAGUGGUCAGAAGAGGCUCUAUAAAUCAUUGGAGCGACCAAAGGUAUGUGGAGCGGGCCAAGGACCGGAUCAGGCUGACAUUAUCGCAUUCUGGCGUGGCUUGUGGUCAGAGCCCGUAAACCACAGCGAGGGCCCUUGGAUGGAAGUUGUGGCGAGCCAGAGUGCGAGUGUUACGCCUAUGGACCCCGUCACCAUUACGCCGGAAGACGUGGCUGAGGCGAUAGGUAUCACAGACAACGAAGAACCAGAUACAGAAAGUUUAGAUUUAAAUGCUGAAAACCACACAACAAAUGAAAAUGAAAAUUUACAUAGGGAAAAGAUAAUUGCCAUAGAUGAAAUGUUUGCUAAAGCUUUAGAAUAUUUUGCUAAUACAAACCCAACAGAAAGACAAUUUAUACCAAAGCAGAGGUCAUCAAAAAAAUUGAGUAAAAUAGUUGCCUAUGUAAACAAUAUUUUAUUGCCACAAUAUAUCAACAGCGAAAUUGAAUUUAAAACAUUUCAGAAUUUAGUGUACUGUGCAGCAUGGACUUCAGCUAAGCUCAACGGAGCUAAAAUUGAAAUAGCUGUACAAGUUGAUAAUCCGUUAGGACCUGAGAAACAAAAGAAAUAUAAUAAGCCAAAGUGGGAACAAAGAUUAGAAAACAAAUUGGAGCCGUCUAUUCCCGUCACGGAACAAAACCUGGCAGACCGAGUUCGGUACAUCAUGCGCUCGAAAAUAUUUGAUGAUGCCGAACUUGAACGACUACGACGUGAGGCCAUUCCCUCAUCGAAUGAAUUGGCUACGGCUGGGGAUGCGGCUCCUCAGGCGACAGACCAGCUGCCACGCGUAGAAGCCGCCAUGGAUCUUCCAGUUGUGGUUGAUUCGGACGAUGAUGAAAUGGUCUCCCACGAACUAGAGCAAAUGAAGAGUAUAUUGGAAGAGGCGAUUUUGGAAACGCGCAGCAUGCCUCUCGAAAAUCGACCGCGACUUCCCCGCAUACCCCUAAGCAAGCGAAAUCGGGCUGUCGUGAGGGCUCUUAACCCAAUGCUGGUAACCUAUUUGGAAGCCAGCCGGGACCUUUGCGAGACGGACUCAGUUCUUUUUGGCGCCACAGUGGCAGCUUGCCGUAUUAUUGGCGCCAAACUUCCCAUGGCUGGACGCGCUUACUAA